AGACGGAGCAGAUCGCUGCUUCCAGAUGGCUGUGGAUUAAAGGUUGCUUUGUUGAUGCUUAAUUUAAAAGAGCGGUCAGAGAGAAGACCAGCAGGAACAGAAACGACUGCAGAUGUUUCUGAACAAGACCAAGUCAGACUGCAGAACCGGACCUCCUGAUUUCCAGUCUGGUUUUCAGAGAAACCGGGUCUGGAUCCAUGUCAGGUUCUGUGGACCUCUGAAAGAGCAGAAAGUUUCUGAACAUUUUUACAGAUCUAAAUGUUUUCAUGUGAGGACAGGAGGAUCUCCAACAUCAGAGCUUUAGGACUUCCUUUAUGGACACUUGAAGUUUUUUAAACUUUAUUUUUUUCUUUUUUCCUGCGUUAGUGCGCAUGCCCGCCGUUAACCCAGUCCCCCUCUAACCCGUGUUAGUUGCGGACCCUCUGACGUCACCUAAUUGGCUCGUGCCCGCGCUGACCCCUCUCAGCGGGGCGCGUGCGGCGGCACUUUCACGUCGUGACUCAUUUUAAUAAAGCGGCACGUGCGGCCGGAGGAGAUCAAAGGCGCGUGUGCCCGCCGUCCACGCGCGCGCACACAACCAUACCCACCUACUAGUGCGGUUGUCAUGGUUACCCGAAUACCCGCCUGAACGGGUAUGUGCGCGCGAGCGAGCGAGAGGGGAGGGAGAGAAGGAGAAAGCGAGAGGAAGGAGGGAGGAGAGGAAGGCUGGUUCAAGGCCGGUGCUGACGUCUGCCUCCUCCCUUCACGCCAUUGACGGAUUCUCAGGGGGAAUCUGACGCCCCUACAGCCAGGCCACGCCCUCUGAGGACUGGGGGGAGUGGAGGAGGAGGGUGGACAUCUUCAUCUCUGCAGGGGCUCCACCCCCCCACCAUGACGGACUUGGAGGCCGAGUGCCUGGGUCUGGGCCUGCCGCCCGAGUGCGGCUCCCCCCCCUCUCCCUUGGAUGCCUCCCUGCAGGUGGACUGCGGCGCGGGGCCCGCCGGCUCGGCCCCCACGCCCACCCUGGCCCUCCUCUCCUCGGACUGCCCCACCCCCACUCUCAGCUCUCUGGCGGCGGAGAUCGCGGAGCCGCUGGUGAUGCUGCCGUGCGUGAAGAGCGAGCCAGAGGACGGAGACCUGGAGCCCAUCCGGACCGUGGACCUGUCCGAGAUCCAGCCGCUGUCCACGGCCGAGCUGGGCCACGAGCAGAUCAAGAUGGAGAUCAGCGGCCUGGACUACAUCAAGUCGGAGCACCACGGCGCCCUGGGCCCCUUCCACCACGCCGACGUCCCCGAGCUGGACUACAAGUCGCACUACGAGGCCGGCUCCGUGUUCGACUACGUCUCUCAGGUCACAGACACUUUGGAGUACCUGAAGUCGGACCCCCACGUGGACCUGCACUGCUACUACAGCGCUGAGCUCAGCUCCCUGAAGUCGGAGUACCUGGACUGUGUGGUCACGCCCCCUCACCUGCAGCACAACGGGCUGGAGUCCAUCCACAUGGCCGAGCUGCGCACCGAGCUCAACAAGCUGCGGCCCGACAGCCUGCUGAUGGACGGCAUCGUCAAACUGGACCCUGACUUUGCUGGGGGGGCGCUAUACGAGCUGCAGCAGGACGGCGAGGCGGGGAAGAGCGCCGCGGCGGUUGGGGGAGCGGUCAUCAAAACCAAGACUCAGAGCCCCACGGUGAGGAAGCCGCGCAACAUGCAGGGCGAGAAGCCGUUCUCGUGCACGCAGUGCGGCAAGAACUUCAGCACGCUGGGGAACCUGAAGACGCACCAGCGCAUCCACACCGGCGAGCGGCCCUACACCUGCUCGCAGUGCGGUAAGAGCUUCGGCCAGGCGGGGAACCUCAAACGCCACCAGCUCAUCCACACGGGCCAGAAGCCCUACGUGUGCGCCCACUGCCCCAAAGGCUUCACCAAGGCCGACGACCUGCGCUCGCACCAGCGGCUGCACACCGGCGAGCGCCCCUUCAUCUGCGGCACCUGCGGCAAGAGCUUCAGCCAGGCCAAGGAGCUGAAGGCGCACCAGCUCAGCCACACCGGCGAGCGGCCGUACGCCUGCCCCCACUGCGGCAAGAGCUUUACCAAGGAGACCAGCUACCACAACCACGUCCAGAUCCACACCGGCGAGAAGCCCUUCACCUGCUCGCAGUGCGGCAAGACCUUCAGCAACUCCGGCGUCCUGAAGACCCACGAGAAGAUCCACACGGGCGAGCGGCCCUUCGGCUGCACACAGUGCGGCAAAAGCUUCGGCCGCCUCGGCCACCUGAAGGCGCACCAGCAGAUCCACACGGGCGAGCGGCCGUACGCCUGCCCCCACUGCGGCAAGACUUUCAGCCAGUCGGGACACCUGAAGGCCCACGAGCAGAUCCACAAGCGUGAGCGGGCCGACGCGUCCGGCGGCAGCAGUGUGGUGGGCGGAGACAGCAGCAGCAGCAGCAUAGUGGGCGGAGACAGCAGCAGCAGCAGCAGCAUAGUGGGCGGAGACAGCAGCAGCAGCAGCAGCAUAGUGGGCGGAGACAGCAGCUAAAGACUGCCAGCUAGAAGCUCCGGUGACGCAAAGUAUUAUCCUCUUUUUAUAAAUACUAUAUGGAAAGUUUCUUACGUUUUCAUACCUUUGUGCUCUUUUACAUUUGAACUGACGGUGCGCACGUGCGUGAGAGUGUGCACGUGUCAGCCGAGUGCCUGCAGAGGUCCAAGUCUUAUUUUUGGAGAAACUAGAAGACAAGCACAACCAUUCCAGUGGACUUUACUUUUAUACGCUUUUAUUUUGUAAGGAGUCAGACCAGCAGCCCCGACCCCACUGUUUACCCCCCCGCACACACACUGACCCCACUGAGGUGGGGAGGCAGAAACGGCCAUUGACUGUAUAAUCACUGGAUAUAGAAACCCCUCCCCCACUCGUGUCCCAGACAGGAAGUGCCCAAAAUCCCAUAGACUUCUAUUAUGAAACAGUUUCAUUUUCUUUGUCAGAAUAAACGUUCUUGCUCCGAUA